UCACACCUUGCGCCGGUGCCUUGAGGAGGGUGUGUGCCUUCGGGCGCAGUGUAUGUGCGUGCGAGAGUGAUCGCUGUGUCUUCCACUCUUUGGCACCCGUUGCGGGAGGAUAGCCAUGGGGGAGAAAGCAGGACGGGUGGAUUUUGAAUGGGUUUACACCGAUCAGCCGCACACGUCAAGGAGGAAGGAGAUUCUAGCAAAGUACCCAGAGAUCAAGUCCUUGAUGGGUCCUGACCCUCAGCUGAAGUGGGUUGUGAGUGGAAUGGUGCUGACCCAGAUUUUAGCCUGCUAUCUGGUACGGGACAUGUCCUGGAAGUGGGUUGUCAUCUGGGCCUACAUCUUCGGCGGCUGCAUCAACCACUCGCUGACACUGGCGAUCCACGACAUCUCGCACAACGUGGCCUUUGGCAACAAGCAGGCUCGCUGGAAUCGUUGGUUUGCCAUGUUUGCGAACCUGCCCAUUGGUCUGCCCUAUUCGGCCUCUUUCAAGAAGUACCACAUCGACCACCACCGCUACCUGGGUGGCGACGGCCUGGACGUGGAUGUGCCCACCGACCUAGAGGGCUGGUUCUUCUGCACCCCUUUCCGCAAGCUCAUCUGGCUCUUUCUCCAGCCGUUCUUCUAUGCACUUCGCCCCCUGGUGGUCAACCCCAAACCCGUGUCCGGCCUAGAGGUGCUCAAUGCCGCUGUGCAGUUGGUGGCAGACGUCUGCAUCUUUUACCUGUGGGGACUGAAACCUAUCGUCUACCUGAUUUCCGGCUCCAUCCUCUGCAUGGGUCUGCACCCCAUCUCCGGCCACUUCAUCGCCGAGCAUUACAUGUUCCUGAAAGGCCACGAGACCUACUCCUACUACGGUCCCCUGAAUCUCAUCACCUUCAACGUGGGCUACCACAUGGAGCACCACGACUUUCCCAGCAUACCUGGCAGCAGACUGCCACUGGUGAAGAAGAUAGCAGCUGAGUACUACGACUCGCUCCCGCAGCACACCUCCUGGGUCCGCGUGCUCUGGGACUUUGUGUUCGAGGACAGCAUCGGCCCGUACGCCAGGAUCAAGCGCGAGUACAAACUGGUCAAGCAGGAGUGAUCGCCGGCCGCAGACCGCGCUGUCCGCAGACCGCACUGUCCGCUCCUUGGGAAUUUACCAUCGCUUUCCUGUGUGUUUUUUCUUUCACGCGGGCAGAUGCCCUGCCAGAGUCCUGGAGACAAUCUUAAUGGGGAAAAAGGUGCCCCUCCCUCUCAGUAUCUGACAUGAUUAGUGGCUAAAAUGGGACCACUGAUUUGGUCAUCCAGGACUGUCAGUGCGAUUUAAUGCAGAAGUACUCGAGGAAAAGGGCUCGUCAAUGCAGCCUCUACAAGAGGCGGCGUCAAAAAGUAGUUUAAACUGGAAUCUAGCCAUUUGGGAACAUCCACUUUUCUUUGCAGUAAGAGGACUGCUGUGAGAAUGCUGGGAGUAUGAAUAGAUAUUAAGUGUGUACCGGGUGAACGUACUAUCUGGAAGUAAGAAUGGGAUCAGACUGUAAAAACACCACUCCUGUCUUUCUUUUCAGUCUCAGUACCUUCAUGAUCUUACUGCAACUGUAAGGUCAUGGACCGCAGAGAAGAAACAUGUCAUUUCAGCAUUUCAAAUAGCAGCGAAUGGCCAUUUCUUCAGUGAUGCAGCACUACAGUAUUGUGCCUUAACAACAAUGCCCUUUGACAUCGUUAGGAAAUGUAAUGUUUUGUUUCAAGCAGUCGGCCUCGUUAUGACAUUUAUUGAAAUGGCUCAAAAUAAUUUCAAAAUUUAAUGUUGAUGACACUGCAUUUAACUUUGGGAAAAAUACCUCGUCUGUUGUUGUUGGCUGUUUUUGUAUGUUUGUUAUCACCAGCAAUUUCUAAUUAAAAUGACGUUUAGAUA